AUGAAACAAUCUAUUAUCACGUCCCUUGUGGCCCUUGCCGCUUCUUGCUCCGGUGUCCAGGCCACUGAGAGCUUGAUCAGCCUUCCCGUCGGCCUCUGUGCUGGAAUCCUUGGAGAUGCUGAGUGCAAGCAGCAGAGCACCACCAACGGCCUCAUCAACGUCCCGGUUAAUGCCUGUGUGGCUGCUCUUGGCCAGGCGAAGUGUGACCAGGCCACUUCCUCCAGCAGCGACAGCGAGUCCUUAAUCAACGUGCCGAUCAACGUCUGCCUAGCUGUCCUGGGCGAGGUCCACUGCAAGCAGAGUUCUGACUCUAACGGCGGCCUGAUCAACAUUCCUAUCAAACUGUGCUUGGCUGUUCUAGGUGAGGCUGAUUGCAAGGAUGGAUCCACCUCGUCUUCCUCUUCUGCUACCCCCGUCACCUCUGUGACUGGACUUUCCAUUCCCACCUUGGUGGCUGUCACCACUCCUUCCUGGGCCGCCCCUUCUGUCAUCAGCGCUCCUUCGUCCUCUGCUGUUGGUGCCUCCCCUGUGUCCCCUAUCUCUUCUGCUUCUGGCAGCCCUCGUCCUUCCGGUAUCGCUGUUGGACGCUCCUCCUCCGCUAGAGCUUCCUCUGCUACCACCGUGACUGUCACUCACACCCAAACUGUCUGUGCCGCUACCUCGGCCUGUGCCGCUGCUACCUCCGUUGGUGCUAAAGCUUCUUCCCUGCGCCGUGUCACACCUAUCACUGCCGCUGGUCCUUCCCCCACCGGUGCUUGGACCACUGCUACUCCCAGCUCUGUUCCCUUCAACGCUGCUGGACGUUCCACCGUCUCCGGGGUUACAGUUAUUCUUGGCGCCAUCGUUGUUGCUGCUCUACAGAUCUAA